CUUCCUACUCACAUCAAAAAAAAAACGAGGCCCUGGUUAUUAUUCCGAAAAAUCUCUCCACCACACACCACCCGAGAACUAACAUACCACUUAACGCCUUCGUUCCCGUUACCUUUAAACACCCCUUUCCCCCCUUCCAUUCGUUGUACCUCUCCAACCCUUCCCGCGCCGCUACCUCUCGUCAACACAACAACUGCCUUCUCGAAACUUUAGCAAAACACUACUCCGCGUCACAAUGGAAUCCCGAUCCUUCCCUACCAUCUCCCUGGCCGAGCUCGAAAAGCACUCCUCAUCGAAGUCAUGCUAUGUCACGAUUGGCAGCAAGGUCUACGACGUGACAUCGUUCCUCUCUGACCACCCUGGUGGUGAGGACUUGAUUCUCGACUAUGGCGGUAAAGACAUCACGGCGAUUCUCGCCGACGACAUCUCGCACCAGCAUUCGGAAUCAGCCUACGAAAUCCUUGCGGACUACCACGUCGGUUUCCUGCCGCUGUCGCAUAUUCCCGCCGUGGUAGGAGGUAAGAUGCCACCAUCGCCGCCUCGCACGCCUCGCACGCCCAGCAUCCACACCGCUACGGGAAUGGAAUCGGAAGAGGAGCUGUCGAUCACCACCGAUAUCGCGGGCGAUUAUAAGACGCACAAGUUUUUGGAUCUCAGCAAGCCGCUGUUAAUGCAGGUGUGGGGCGGCGGGUUCUCGAAGGACUUCUACCUUGAGCAGGUACAUAAGCCACGACACUACAAGGGCGGCGAGAGCGCUCCGCUGUUUGGGAACUUCCUCGAGCCUCUGAGCAAAACGCCUUGGUGGGUGGUGCCCACGGUGUGGCUGCCGUGGAUUUUGUAUGGGCUUUACCGGGCGAACCUGGGGAUGGAGAAAACGACUACCACAGCGUCGUGGGCGGUGCUGGGUCUGUGCAUCUGGUCAUUGGUGGAGUACGGAAUGCACAGGUGUCUUUUUCACAUCGACGAAAAAAUGCCCGACAACAGAGUCUUCAUUACGCUACACUUUCUGCUGCACGGAAUCCAUCACUACCUGCCGAUGGAUAAGCUGCGGCUGGUAAUGCCGCCCGCAUUGUUCACCGUACUGGCGAUCCCGUUCUGGAAACUCGCCCACACCGUCUUCUUCUGGAACUGGUACAUCGCCACCGCAGUGUUCUGUGGUGGAAUCUUCGGAUACGUUUGUUACGACCUUACUCACUACUUCUUGCACCACAAAUCCCUUCCCUCCUACUACAAGGAACUAAAGAAGUACCACCUCCAGCACCACUUCUCCGACUACCAGAAGGGCUUCGGAGUUACCUCCAAGUUCUGGGACAAAGUCUUUGGCACCGAGUUGAUGUACGGACCCAAUGGUAAGUCGGAGAAGGAGCAGUAAACUGGAUGCGCAGCCAACAAACACACGGAACCUUUUCUUUCCGGUCGCCCACAUGCGGUUACCCAUCUGUUAUAUUGCAAAUUGGUCAUGACGUUACGAAUCGCUUUUUUUUAUCGUAAAAUAAAAAAGAAUAGGUGAAGAAGGGUAGACACUUUAGGGUAGAACUUCAAAGCUGAUUUCGCAACUUCGGGGUUUGGGGUUUUCUACUCUCGGAUUUUUUCUUUCCAUUUGUUCGUUUUCUUUUUCCUUCAGUUCAGCUCAAAGCUUGCUUGUUGUGUGUGCAU